AUGACUCAAACCAACGGACAAGCAAACGGACAGUCCCCCUCCCGCAUCAGCAGCAGACUCUUCCACCCCAAAUCCUCCAUCCAACUCUCCGACUUCCAGAAGAUCUGCUCUCGCACCACAGACCCAUCCACCUACCCCCUCGCCUCAACCAUCGCCCAAAACAUCCCCAUCUACGACGCAAGCGCCUUCAACCCCCUAGACACAGCCGAAGCUACCGCCCUCCAAGAUGAAUGGUACCACAUCCUCUCCUCGGGCCCCGGCAUCUUCGUCCUAAAGGCCAUGUACGACCCAACCCGGUACGCCGAAACCCUCUCCUCCACCAACGCCGCCUUCCAAACAAUCAUCACGAAGGAGCGCGAAGCCGGCGGAAAAGUAGGCGACCACUUCGCAGCAGGCGGGAAAAACGACCGCAUCUGGAACUCCUUCUCCAAGCACGCCUUCGCCGACCCCCUCUCCUUCACGGCCUACUACUCCAACCCGUGGCUCAAAACCGUCAGCGAGGCCUGGCUCGGCCCCGCAUACAGAGUCACGGCGCAGGUGAACAUCGUCAAGCCCGGCGGUGCCGCGCAAGACGCCCACCGCGACUACCACCUCGGUUUCCAGGACGAGGACUCCUGCGCCGCGUUCCCGCGCUCCAUCCAGCUUGCCAGCCAGUACCUUACGCUGCAGGGGGCGGUGGCGCACAGCGAUAUGCCCGUGGAGAGCGGGCCCACGAGGUUCCUGCCCUUUAGCCAGACGUACGAGCCGGGAUAUCUUGCCUGGCGGCGGGAUGAUUUCAGGGCUUACUUCCAGGAGAAGUAUGUUGCGCUUCCGCUUGCGCUGGGGGAUGGGCUGUUCUUUAACCCGGCUGUUUUCCAUGCGGCUGGGGCGAAUGAGACCCGCCCUGCGGCUGCGCCUGAUGGCGGGUUCCAUCGCAAGGCGAAUCUCCUGCAGAUUGGGUGUGCGCUGGGGAAGACGAUGGAGACUGUUGAUGCCGUGCCUAUUGUGGAGCGGUGCUGGGGGGAGAUGGGAAAGAUGUUUGAGGCUGCGGGUGGGGUUGUGGAUGGGGGGUUGGAUGCGUUGGUCAGGGCGAUUGGGGAUGGGUAUCCGUUUCCGACGAACUUGGAUCAGAGGCCGCCGGCGCCGAAUGGGAUGGCGCCGGAGAGUGAGCAGCAGGUUCUGAGGAGGGGGUUGGAAGAGGGAUGGAGCAGGGAAGUUGUUGUGGAGGAGUUGAGGAGGGUUGGGAGGGAGUCUAGGGCUGUGGACGGGUUACCGGUUGUUUAG